UAUGGCCAGGGCGGGCUGCUGACUCCCCGGCAGGAGCAGAUGCCUCCCUACAGCGAGGGGGACAGUGCGUGGGGAUCGGAGUACGGAAAGAAGGAGUACCCUGGCGAUAACACGCCGCCGGACGAAUCGUCAAAGGAGGGCGGGCUGAUCGUGAAGGAGGCGCCGAACGCGGUCGAGGAGGUGCCCACCAGCGGCAUCCGGCGCGCGUGGCUGUACAUCGUAUGGGGCACGACGUGGUGGAUCCCGACGUUCAUGCUGAGCUCGGUGGGCCGCAUGAAGCGCCCGGACGUGCGGCUCGCGUGGCGCGAGAAGGUCGCGAUCUUCACGCUCAUAUUCCUGCUGAACGCGGUCGUCGUGUUCUACAUCGUCGUGUUCGGGCGCCUGCUGUGCCCGAACUUCAACAAGGCGUGGUCGCUCAACGAGGUGGCGGAGCACACCGGCACGAACGACUACUGGGUCACGAUCCAGGGACAGGUGUACGACGUGACGAAUUUCGUGCAGCGGCAGCACAGCGACAUCUCGGGGGAGAACAGCAACGACAAGGACACGCUGACGACGCUCGCGGGCGCCGACCUCACGGGCUACUUCCCCCCGCCGCUCGUGCUCGGCUGCCCCGAUCUCGUGUCGGACACGAACCUCGAGCUGUCGUAUUCGAACUUCACGGCCGAUAUACCCACCGCGGUGCAUACCUCUGGGAACCUGCAGUCGAACACGAACUCGAAGCUGCACGACAGCGAUUGGUACACGGAUAGGUUCUUGAGCACCCUCAAGCAGUACCGCAAGGGGCCGUUGGUGUAUACCACGAAGACCAUCAUGGCAUCGGCUCAGGACGAGGACAGCCCGAGGACGUGGGCGAUCUACGAAGGGAACCUCUACGACCUCACGGACUACUUUUACACCAUCACGCAGCACUCGGGCGACACGACCUCGUACACGUUCCUGAACAGCGACAUCACAAAUAUCUUCCAGCAGCAGCCGGGCCAGGACAUCACGAAGCCGCUGAACCAGGUGCUCGCGAGCCUGGACACGACGACGCGCGACCAGAACUUCUACUGCCUCAAUAACGUGUUCUACGUCGGCAAGACGGACUUCCGCAAGUCUGCGAGAUGUCAGGCGAACAACUAUAUCCUGCUCGCGGCGUCGGUCAUCCUCAUGACGUCGAUGGCGGUCAAGUUCUUGGCGGCCCUGCAGCUCGGCGGGAAGCGCAACCCGGAGAUGUUGGACAAGUUCGUCAUCUGCCAGGUGCCGUGUUACACCGAGGGCGAGGACUCGCUGCGCAAGACGAUCGACUCGCUCGCGAACCUCAACUACGACGACAAGCGCAAGCUGCUGUUCAUGAUCUGCGACGGCAACAUCAUCGGGAGCGGCAACGACCGCACGACGCCGCGCAUCGUGCUCGACAUCCUCGGCGUCGAUCCGAAGCUCGAUCCGGAGCCCCUGCUGUUCAAGUCGAUCGGCGAGGGCUCGAAGCAGCUGAAUUAUGGGAAGGUGUACUCUGGCUUGUAUGAGUUCCAAGGCCACGUCGUCCCGUAUAUGGUCAUUGUGAAGGUCGGGAAGCCCACGGAGCGGUCGAAGCCUGGCAAUCGCGGAAAGCGCGACAGUCAGAUCUUGUUGAUGCACUACCUGAACAAAGUCCACUUCGACAGUCCCAUGACGCCUCUGGAGUUGGAGAUUUACCACCAGAUGCGUAAUGUCAUUGGGAUCGACCCCGCGUUUUACGAGUAUAUCUUCACCGUCGAUGCUGAUACGACGGUCACUCCCGAUUCUCUGAACCGUCUGGUGGCUUCUACUGCGGACGAUUCGAGUAUCAUUGGCAUCUGCGGUGAGACCAGGCUAGAGAACGAGGAAGGUUCUUGGUGGACUAUGAUCCAGGUCUACGAGUACUACAUCUCGCAUCAUUUGUCAAAGGCUUUCGAGAGCUUGUUCGGCUCCGUCACUUGCUUGCCUGGCUGUUUCUCUAUGUACCGCAUCCGUACCGCUGACAAGGGCCGUCCCAUCAUCAUCUCGAACCGGAUCAUCGACGAGUACUCCGAGCCCAACGUGGACACGCUGCACAAGAAGAACCUGCUCUCACUCGGUGAAGAUCGUUUCCUCACGACGCUGCUCAUGAAGCACUUCCCGACGUUCAAGACCAAGUUCACGCCGGAUGCACUGGCGCACACCGUGGCGCCCGAGUCCUGGCGCGUGUUGCUGUCCCAGCGUCGUCGGUGGAUCAACUCGACGGUGCACAACCUGUGCGAGCUCGUUCUCCUCCCUGAGCUGUUCGGGUUCUGCUGCUUCUCGAUGCGGUUCUUCGUGUUCAUCGAUCUCUUGGGUACUUUGAUCCUUCCCGCGACUGUCGUUUACUUGAUAUACCUGAUUGUUACCGUCGCCACUGGCAAGGCCGCCCUGCCAAUUAUCUCUAUCAUUAUGAUUGCUGCGGUAUACGGCUUGCAGGCGCUCAUCUUUAUCAUCAAACGAGAAUUCAUGUUGGUUGGAUGGAUGGUGGUUUAUAUUAUUUCAUAUCCGGUGUACAGUUUCUUGCUUCCUGUGUAUUCGUUCUGGUGCAUGGACGACUUCGGUUGGGGUAACACUCGCUUGGUCAUCGGCGAAGGUAACAGCAAGAAAGUGAUCAUGAACGAGGACGAAAAGUUCGACGACUCUAUGAUUCCGCUCAAGAAAUUUAGCGAAUACGAAGCGGAGGCUUGGGAGACCGGCUCACAUCGCUCGGGCGAGACGGGCUACACCAAGGCGCGUUCACGGGCACCUGCUUCGCGGCCAGAGUCGCCUCGCAGCUACAUGCAUGCGUCCCAAUCAGGCGAUUUCUACCGGGACACGAACGCGAUGCAGUCUAACAAGGACCUCCGCAGCCAAGUAUCUCACAGCAAUCUUUCGCAUCACGGUGGGCAGCAGGCGAUGUCGCAGUACGGUGGGGGCAUGCCUCAGCUGCCGUUCAUGCCGUUCGGUACGGGAUACGCAGGGUCGGCUAACGGGUCUGAGUACGGAGGCCAGAUGCCCAUGGCGAUGGCGAUGCCUUACCAGCAUUCUGGGAGCGUGUACGGGAUGGUGCCGAAUGGCCCUCGCAACACCAUGAUGACCAACUAUAACAUGUUCGGCGGCGGUAUGGGUAUGGGAGGCAUGUCGCCCGCGCCCUCUGUUACAGGCGUGGCCCCGGUCGGACCGUCCAUGGGCAUGCAGCAACGGCCAAUGUCGACGUUCUCGAUGGCGACAUCUGUGAAUCCGUUUGCAGGGCCCAGUAUGAGCACGGAACCAUCGGACGAGGAGCUCACCCAAGCGCUGCGCAAUUACCUGAGCACACAAGACCUGAUGACCGUUACGAAGAAAACCGCACGCGAGGCCAUCAUGGCCCGCUUCCCGAAGGCGGACCUGACGUCUCGCAAAGCGUUCUUGAACGAGUCGAUCGACAAGAUCCUCUCUGAAUCUUAGAGCCUCCUUUGCAUCUUUACCAUGCCCCAUGUUAUCCUCCCGCUGCAUCCAUCAUGUCCACGUCUCCAUUCGCAUCGCACAUCAGCCUAUCUUAGUUCAGUCAUGGAAUGUGUCGUUGCCUCGUUCCGAACACUCUCUUCUACCCGCAUAGUAGUAAUACGCCUAUGUUCAUACAUUCUCGGACCCUCUUCGUCGUGUCGCUCGUUCUUCUUACCGGUCUGGACUUGACGUUUUUCUCUCUCGUUUUGACAUUAUCUCAUGGUCAGUCGUUGUAGUACCUUUUGCUCACGGACAAUGAAUAAUAGAUAUACUCGAUGAAGGCAUACCUGACGAGUGUGCUUUGGCAGUCC